AUGGCGUAUGGACACGUUCCGAGGCCCACUGGGUCGGAUCCCAGCACGCUCCGUCCUCGCAUCUACACACUGCCGCCACGGGCACAGACGCAGCAACGACAGGGCGUUGUGAUGAUCCCCUUCAACGCCGAGGGAUCUGAUCAAGCUGGCUACGUUGCUGUUGACAGCAAACAAGUGCUGCGGCCUCCAAAGCCACUGAUCGAGUAUCUAGCAAAGGUGUUUAAUGCCGAGCUGGAACGCGGCGUCACAUACCCGCAACGCGGACCCAUGGAUUUGGCCGAGUUCGAAGGCUACUUUUUGGGGUAUGAUCUCAUCGUCGGAUUCUUCCUCUCGGCUGAUCAGCUCGCAUUGAUCACAGCCUCGAACGCCCCCGAUGUAGGGCUACAAGUGGAUAACGUCGGACAACUUCCGGAUCUGUCGCAGCUCGACUACGAAGAGCAAGUGGCUGGUUUCUACUAUAUCAAGCCUAACUAUCCCGGCCGAUCUUCGCACUUGUGCAACGCCGGCUUUGUCGUUCCCCCUACGGGGAGAGGUCUCGGAUUGGGCGGUGUGUUCGGUCGCUCGUUCCUCCACUUCGGCCCGCAAGCAGGCUACAAAGGCUCCGUGUUCAACCUGGUUUAUGUCAACAACACGGCCAGCGUCAAGAUUUGGCAGAGGCUCGGUUUCACCAUUAUUGGAAGGCUACCCAUGGCGGGGUUGCUCAAAACCGAGGAUGGAGGCGAAGAGUUGACCGAUGCCUACAUCAUAUUCAAAGACUUUACCGGUACAGUGCAGGACAACCAUUCGGCGGAAUCAAAAGCGCUUCGAACUCAAUCAAAUGAUGGAACGCAGGGUGCUAUCUAG